CACUGGCCGUUGUUCAUAGGUACAUAUUUUGCUACUAAUAUCCUUUGAAGUAGGGAUACAUGGAUAAGGCCACAACAUAUAUCUUCCAGUAGCUAUAUAUAAAAGUAACAAUAAUAGUAUUAAUAAUGUCCUUCAAGCAGUCAUCAGAUGAACAUCUAUUCCACAAUUCUACAAAGAUAUGGCAACUUCAUUAGCAUACGAAACAUCUUCGCAAGUAAGACCAGCUGCAAAUUACAAUAGCUUUUUCCAUCCGAAUCUUUGCCAUGUUUGCAAAGAAGCGAGUUAUAAUUUGCUAGAAUGUGCUUCGUGCCACAUGAUCUCUUAUUGUAGCGCCUACCAUAUGACGCUGCAUAAAACACAGCACGCAGAAAUUUGUAGCGCAAUAGUAAAACUAUGUUCGUCCCGAAGAGAAAACAUAAAAGAUUUUCAUGCUGAAACGCCGAUGGAAUGGGUCAAAUUCAAGAACCAAAACAUAGAAGAUAUCAGUAAAGAGCUAAAGCGCGAUUUGCAGCCGUACGAAAAGCAAAUGUUCUUGUUCCCUAAAUCGUGUUUCAUUUGUUACAAACAGAAGAACCUGCUUCCUCCUUGCCAACAAUGCUCAUCCGUUAACGUAUGCGAGAAGCAUCCUGUCAUGUUUCAUGAUUGCUUAUUUUUGAGGCAGAGUUACGAACUGGAUUCGAAUAAUAUGUGGCCUGAUGAGGAGAGAAAGAAGAAAAUUUUUGAGGAGUUCGUAGAAUAUAACAUAAUAUAUUAUCCAAACGUUAAAACUUUUAUCAUAGAAAAUAUAAGAGAUGGGUUGAUACGUACAUCUCGAUAUUUAUGCGAGGCUAUUAUUCAUCUGUCUGAGGAUUUGUCCGGACCGCUGUCACUGAUACAUGCCAUGAACUCCGCAGGUAUAUACAGAAUCGCUUCAUCGAACAAAUCCUAUGUUAUUCAUAUCCUAAUCGAAACACCUAUGGACAGGCGCACUGUACAUGCUUGGGAACUCUUGCUUCAUGAAUUUUAUACAAUUUCAUCGUUAUCAAUUGAAGCGAUAGGAAAAGGAUUGCUAUCUGAAGAUUAUACACUACAGCUUUGUAGAGACUGUACAUCCGAGAAACGAAAAAUUCAUUACAGAAGUCAUAACAUGUUUUAUUACCAUUAUGCGAACCUAAGGAAAUUAUAUAAAUUUCCAAACUUGAUUGUAGUAUUUAAUGUGCAGUUGACUAAUAAGGAUGACAUAAGAGCACUUCAAUAUCACUGUUGUCCGUUACUUAUGUUAGCUCAGACGAAAGAGAGGGCUGAAAAUAAUAUGAUACAAAUAUAUGAGGUAUUGAGUAAUUUGGAAACCUCUCCGACGUUUCCGGGUUUUCAUGUUUAUAAAUUAAAUAGGUUUGCGUCGAUUAGGCCAUACAGAGAUUAUAUGACUGGUAAUGUAAUGUUCCCCAACAAGUAUUUAGUAUACUAUAAGAACUUAGAGUCAAACAACUCAACAGAGAGUAGCAGUAGUAACAGUAGUAACAGUUGUAACAAUUCUUACGAAUAAUUGUAUGUAUCGUCACUUGAGUAAGAAAAUUGUAUAUCAUAUAUUCAGCAUUUUUUUCACGUGUUCCGAAUAUUUUAACGAAGCAUGAUUUUGAAAAGCAUCAAUACUAGUAGUUUUUUUCUUGAAUGUUAUCGUUUCUGUAUAAGGGAGCCAGUUAAAACGAACAUUGGUAAUUAGUAAAUAAUUGUAUCGUUACUCUGUUUGCAUCUUUAGAAUCAUAUAUGUAAGAUAGAUUAUUGCACAUUUUUAUUGGUUAUUUUACGCGGACUAGUAGUUUUUGCCGAAAGGAUAUUAUAUACUUCUUAUACAUUACAUUUUACGUAGUCCUUUCAUUACAUUUUAAGGCAUCUACUAUAAAGGUUCCAUUAUAAAGUGAUACCUUAUAUAUCUACUAAAUAUCUAUAUAUUUAUUAAAUUUGAUAUCGUAUUAAAAAAUCUCAGAUGAAAUUUGGAAGUGAAGAAUUUCAAAGGAAACAUAUGUAAAAAUACUAUUGACUUGACCUUAUGGUGGGCGC